AUGGGUCAAAACGAUAUGGUCUCCAAUGUAUCGCGCAUCAGAUGGUGGAAGUACCGCUUUGUACUGAUUGCGCUCUUCCUGCUCAACGUUUUCCUCAUCCACCACUUCUUCUUCGAUGGCUCCAACGUCAACCCUUUCCGCGACACACCACCGACCGAUAAGCAGGUCCCCAGUCCAGAAGCGCCAACACCCCCAACUCCUCCAUCGUCACCAUCGCUCCAGGGACCUCCCACGAAAGACACCCAUCCUGAGCAGCCCAAGGGCCCCGUGAAGCCCUCAGCACCAGCCCCUCCGUCUGCGCCGUCGCCAGCGCCAGCGCCAUCGCAGGCUCUUGCUCUUACGCCUCCUGCGCCGUCACCCGAAACCUUCACUUUCAAUCUUAACGACUAUGACUUCUACGGAGACUAUGUCGGCUGGCCCCUCGAACGAGUAUGCAAAGAGACACCCCGGACAGAGGGGUUGAUAUUCAUCUGCGACAACAACACUGGUGGCAUCGGGAAUAUUCGAAACUUCAUCCUGACCUGUGUUCGAUACGCUAUCCAUGUCGGAGCAUCUGGCAUCACUAUGCCCGUCAUACAAAUCCGGGACGAAAAUAACCUGGGCGAGCUCUUCACGGCUAAAACCGAACCGUUGUCCUACUUUUUCGACGAGGACCACUUCCGUACAGCCAUGUCAUCAAGCUGUCCACAACUGAAAGUCUAUGACACACUUAAGGAUAUCCCCAACCACGACAACAUCACCAAGGUGGAGGAAUUCGUUCCAAAAGAACUAGGGGGUGUAGAUGGCACAGAUGGACGCGGUACCAACCGGCAUCUAGAUGUGUUUCGACCCAAUUUCAAUAAAUGGAUCGCCGAGACGAAACAUACGCCAACCGCCACGGCUCCUAUAACGAUCAGAUUCAGAUGGGCGACUUUCUUCGAAUGGCCAAUUUUCCUCGAUGGAUCCGAACUGGCAGCGACCUUUGGCGAUCUCUUGAGAAUCAACAAGGAGGCGGAGGCUUUGGCACACAAGACGCUCCUGGCGAUGUCUAGAUUUGUUGGAGUGGAGCCUCAAUCGGAGAACCCCAAGACACUUGAUGCGCCUUUUAUGGGUAUCCAUCUACGAACUGAGAGCGAUGCUCUAGGUUACUGGCCCGACUAUAAGGAGCAGAGUACUGGCUACCUGAAAGAGGCUGCGGAUCGCGGUUUCAAGCAUGCAUUCUUGGCAUGCGGAAAUGCUACGGAAAAGAAGAGGUUUGCUGACGAGGCCUGGGAGAAUAUGAAAUUGAACGUUACGUCGAAGUUGGAUUUAUUGAAGGGCGAAGACCUCGAGCGCCUGCAAGCGCUCACCUGGGACCAGCAAGCUCUCGUCGAUUUCCUCGUCUUGCUGAAGAGCAGGCAUUUCGCAGGCUGCUCCUUCUCCUCUUUCGCAAUGAAUAUAUCCCUGAAAAGACAUCUGGUGACAGGCGGCUUGCGCACACGACCAUGGCAGAGUCCAUCAGAUGGAUACAGCACCUUGGUUGGAAGAUUCAAGAGCUGGUGGGGCGACUGGAUGUACAUGCUCGAAUGCAUGUGGCCUUGA